GUGAACUUCCGUUAGUAAACAAAAUCCACCUGUGCCGAAAAACGUUCCACCUAAAGUCCCCAUUUUAUUGGUCAACUUGCGGUCUGAUUCAGGAAAAUAAAACUGAUUUUCUAUGCAGCUUCAAUAGGCUGAAAACAAUGGACAGAGUGCACAAUCCUCCCACAUCCAACCCUUCAAUGGAGCCGAAUCUGAGGCUGAAGUGCUUGACUCAGCUCGGUGACAGUAUAGAAAUAGAUGCUACCAUUCCAGCAAGAAGGUACUUCCGAUCAGGACUGGAAAUGAUUAGAAUGGCAAACUGCUACAGCGAGGAAGGCAACUUCGAAAGCGCUUUCAUUAUUUAUAUGAAAUUCAUUGUGCUCUUCCUUGAAAAGAUUAGGAAUCACCCUGACUUGAGUUCUGUCAGCGCAGUCGACAGGGAAGUUAAUAAGCAAAAGUUGAAAGAAGUUUUGCCCGUAGCUGAAAAAAUCAAGUCUAAGCUACUCACAAGGUUUACGGAAGAGCAUGAACAAUACAAAAGAGAGGCUGAACAAAGGAGGUUUUUGGAAGAAAAGGCAAGAAGGGAGGAGAUUGCCAGGCAAGAAAAGGAACUGGCAGACAAGCUGUCAGCGCUGGAGUUAAAAGGCGCCACCAACUACCACAAACAACCACCUUACACAGCUAAACAAGAUUCUGACUUCAUUGUUCCGAUUUCUCCCAGCGACAUUUCUUACCCCAAAGAUCCUGAUUUGCUGGAUGAAGAAGAGCAAUAUUCGACUGAAGAUUAUGAUAAGAUCUCGCCUGUGACUCAAAAAUAUCCAGUCCCAGACAGAUCCCUGAAGCCUUCAAAGCUUGAAAUCCCAACUAGCUCCAUAUUGAAGCCAAACAUAGACAGGUCAACAAAACCUCUGUCUCUCCUUAGUCCCUCUCUACACAAUCAGCUAGGACUUCGAAAAGUCAUCAUCCCUUCGAAGCUACUAUCACAGUUCAUGAGUCUGGCACAGAAAAACACCGACCAGAACAUCGAGACCUGUGGAAUUCUUGCUGGAAGCUUGAACAAAAACCAACUCCAGAUAACACACCUUUUGGUUCCAAAGCAAAACGGCACUCCUGAUUCUUGCACGACUAUGAGUGAAGAGGAGAUCUUUGAUUUCCAAGACCAACAUGACCUUAUAACUUUUGGAUGGAUCCAUACUCACCCGAGUCAAACUUCGUUCUUGUCAAGCGUGGAUUUGCACACGCACUGCUCUUACCAAAGAAUGAUGCCGGAAGCAAUUGCUAUUGUUUGUGCCCCCAGAUAUAAAGAAACUGGGAUUUACAUGUUGACAACUAGUUACGGACUAGAUUUCAUUGCAAAUUGCAGAAGCACUGGAUUCCACCCGCAUCCUUCGGAACCUCCCCUAUUCACUACUGCUGAGCACGCCAUGUUUGAUGAACUUGCACCCAUCAACGUAGUUGAUCUAAGGCGAUGAUUUGAUUGAGUGAAUCGUGAGGUUUGACCAAAAUGUACUACUUGUUCAUUGCUACCUAAAAUAAGAUGAGAAGUGAGAAAGUGUGCAAGCAAUGCCAAUUUAUGAUAAGGCAUAUAACACAUUGUGUACAUUAAUGAAACGAUAUUAAAGGCCUUCUUGCUUGUGAUGCUUUAAAAGUGAGCAAAUUAGUUGCUUUGCAGUUAAAAGUAUUUAUCCAAUCCUCAGUGUGCCCAGCACGACUUUAUGACUGUUGGAACUUAUUUGAAGUAAAAAUAAAACAAUCCGACUGCUAUCGCAGUGAAUGAUUUUGAGUCACUAGCAUUAAUAAUCCACCUUGGACGCCAUGCGCAAAAACAGUAUCUUAUCUAAUCAACCUGUUCAAGUUGGGAAACUUGCAGUCUUCAUCAACGGCAAUUAAGUUACAGAGUGGUCUUGAAAAGUGGUGUAAUUUGCUUGUAUUUGCUUUAUUGUUCGGUUUAAGAUCCAGUUCUAAUUUUACAAAUAUUUGCCCUCUUUUGAUUAUCACAAGUGGAGUGGCAGUUUGUAUUAAGACAGCACUUUGCUGCAGGGUAGAUAACUCUAUUUACUCUUCCAUCUCUAUCUGUGCUGAGCAAUUGUGGUCAAUCAAAAGAAGUAGUCACCUUUUGAACACAAUAAUGAGGACAAUUUUGAUCUCGUUCACACUGUGCUCUGCGAUAUUUAUUCACCUUCUGCAGCCAGGACGAUGCGCCCAGAUACCCUCAUCAGAAUCGACUUUUUCUCCAACUCCAUCAGUCCUUCCAUCCUCAUCUUCACAUGGAGAAAAUCAAACUAAUGUCCCGCCUAGUCCGACUCCAACUGCAGUGACCCCUUCCUCCAUUAGACCACCAGAAAAUGCAACUGUAUCAUCUGCCUUGCCGUCUCCCACAGCCAAAAUUGAGAUGGUCGGAUUUGACAAUGAAGAGGCAAGCGAAAGUCCUCGCAUUACUAUGACAGAUCCAACAAUAGAAACGACUGCUGCGAAUAACUUCACUUCUGAUGCAGUGACAGAGUCAACAAAGGAGCAACUCAUUCCCGACGAAGACCUGACCCUGAGCUUCAUUUCAACAUCGUCACACAUCAACACAGCCACGGCCUUCUUCCCUGAAGCAAAAUCUGCAGUAAUCAUAACUGGUUCUUUCCUAAUUGUAGCAAUUGUGGCUUACGGAGGGCUGAUAAUUUGGAAAAAAGUUUUGGAGAGGAGAUACGGAAACCGUGAGUUGCUGGUUAACGAGGAAUUUUACGAUGUGAACGGACUGAAAUACUUUGAGUUGUGAUGGAAAAGUCAUCGUUACCUCGACUUAAUCACUAAUGCACCAAAAAUUUUGUAAAUCUUUAACUUAUACGAACCAAUCAAAUAAACUUGAAACUGUGAAACAAAAUCCUUCACCUCUU